AUGUCUACCACCAUAAGCUCCUCCUCCUCACCCGCCAAUUCUCCACGAUCCUCCUUCCACGUUUCCUCACCGCGAGCCUCUUUCGCGCCUCCCCAGCGAAGCCCCGCCGCCUCACGCGCAUCACCGAGGUUUCCCGCCAGCAGUAGCGCUUCUGCUGCCUACAACACCGCCAGCUCGCCACGCCGCGCAUUCAAUGCGCCGACCACAGCACUGGGUCCACAGCAGCCGAAGCAGCAUUUUGUCGAGAGCGGCCUGGUAGCAGCGAGUUUCGCGGGGUACGUGGAUGCGAGCACGCAGUACAGCCCGGACGGCUUUCCUCCCACCGCUGGUCGCAACGUGGCCAUCGCCGCCGGGAAGGGACGGCCUCCGGGCAGGAGUGCGAGCAGCGUGCGCAAGCGAAAGGACGCGCAGUCUUCCAGCGACGAGUCCUCUCCCGAGCCGAUGAGUGGGACCAACACCCACCGCUCCGCGGCUCGACCACCAGCUCCUGCCGAGCCGCAGCUUCGAUCAGAUCCUGACCGCGCUGCUGGGAGCAUAAAUACAGCAGCAUCUUCCUCCAGCAACGAGCCGCAAGAGGCACGUUCGACACAUGGAUAUUCGAAUGCACCCAAGAAAGCCAGGGCAGAGGGCACCGUGAAAGUGAUGCCAUCAAAAUACGAGACUUGCAAUCCCAAGGACUUGGGCGCUCUCAUGUCGCAUAUGCUAAUGGAGCUGAUUCGCAUCAACGACCAGAUUCCCUUGCGUGAUGGACGUCUGACCAGGUUUCACUCUCGCGCACCACCCGGAAUCAGCGUGUCUGACUACCUACAACGCCUAAUACAGCAUGCCACUCUGCCACCGCCCAUCCUGCUCAGCAUGGUCUACUACAUCGAUCGACUCUGCACACUGUAUCCGGCGUUCACAAUUAACAGCUUGACAGUGCAUCGGUUCCUCAUCACCGCAGCGACCGUAGCAGCAAAAGGCCUCAGCGACAGCUUCUGGACGAACCCUACAUACGCUCGAAUUGGUGGUAUCCCAGUAUCAGAACUCGCGACACUGGAGCUGGACCUUUUGCAGAGAGUGAACUACAGGAUAGUCCCGAAGCCAGAGGUGCUUGAAGAAUAUUAUGCUUCUCUCGUGGAUAGGACAGACGGAUACAUCAUCGAAGCUGGGAGCAGCUCCACAUCGCUCAGCAGUGGAAGCGAUGGCGGGAAAGACGAAGCCAACAACGAUGAUCAACACAUGGGGAAUGAACCGACAUGUAGCUCCUAUCAGAUGAAGUGCUAG